AUGAAGCGCCCAGGCGAGGUCGUGCCCUCCGAUUAUGGUGUUCGGCAGCGCAAGCGUUUGAAGGAGGCCAAGUUUCCUCACGCGAUCCGCGCUCUCCCUCAUGUUGUCGAACAUAUUGACAUGCUCUCCAUGUCGGUGGAGGACGCAGCGGUGGAAGCCGCCGCCACCAACCAACUCACGUGGUUACAAAUACUACUUCCGCUGGUAUCAGACAAAGUGAAAGACCAGGCCGGUUGUGAUACGACCGACAUCGCUGCUGCUCAUGGACAUUGCGAAGCCAUCAAACUCAUCUAUCGGUGGGGAGAUUUUGAGGUGGGCUGCAAAAAAUAA